UGUCCCCCACCUAGAAGCAGCUUCUCCGCUCCUUCUUGAAUCUCCAUCUGGUUCGGCUUACUUUCCUCCACUCCAACCUCCACCAUGUCCAUCAGGAUGAGCACCCAGAAGUCCUACAAGAUGUCCUCCGUCCCCCGGGCCUUCAGCAGCCGCUCGUACACCAGUGCACCUGGCGCCCGCAUCAGCUCCUCAAGCUUCUCCCGAGUGGGGAGCAGUAGCAGCAGCUUCCGGAGUGGCCUGGGCAGCGGCAUGAGUCUGGUCGGGGGUUACGGUGGGCUCGGGAGUGCAGGGGGCAUCACCGCUGUCACAGUGAACCAGAGCCUGCUGACCCCCAUUAAGCUGGAGGUGGACCCCAACAUCCAGGCCGUGCGCACCCAGGAGAAGGAGCAGAUCAAGACCCUCAACAACAAGUUUGCCUCCUUCAUCGACAAGGUGCGGCAUCUGGAACAGCAGAACAAGAUUCUGGAGACCAAGUGGAGUUUCCUGCAGCAGCAGAAGACGGCUCGGAGCAACAUGGACAACAUGUUCGAGAGUUAUAUCAACAACCUGCGGCGGCAGCUGGACGCCCUGGGCCAGGAGAAGCUGAAGCUGGAGGUGGAGCUGGGCAACAUGCAGGGGCUGGUGGAGGACUUCAAGAAUAAGUAUGAGGACGAGAUCAACAAGCGCACGGAGAUGGAGAAUGAGUUUGUCCUCAUCAAGAAGGAUGUGGAUGAAGCUUACAUGAACAAGGUAGAGCUGGAGUCCCGCCUGGAAGGGCUGACCGACGAGAUCAACUUCUUCAGGCAGCUGUAUGAAGAGGAGAUCCGUGAGCUGCAGUCCCAGAUCUCGGAGACAUCUGUGGUCCUCUCCAUGGACAACAACCGCUCCCUGGACCUGGACGGCAUCAUUGCCGAGGUCAAGGCCCAGUACGAGGACAUCGCCAACCGCAGCCGAGUGGAAGCAGAGUUCAUGUACCAGACCAAGUACGAGGAGCUGCAGACACUGGCUGGGAAGCACGGUGAUGACCUCCGUCGCACAAAGACGGAGAUUUCUGAGACGAACCGGAACAUCAACCGACUCCGGGCUGAGAUCGAUGGCCUCAAAGGCCAGAAUGCUGCCCUGGAGGCCGCCAUCGCGGAUGCUGAGCAGCGUGGGGAGCUGGCUAUCAAGGAUGCUCAGGCCAAGGUGGCCGAGCUGGAGGUUGCUCUGAGAACGGCCAAGCAGGACAUGGCGCGACAGCUGCGUGAGUACCAGGAGCUGAUGAACGUCAAGCUGGCCCUGGACGUGGAGAUCGCCACCUACCGCAAGCUGCUGGAGGGCGAGGAGAGCCGGCUGGAGUCUGGGAUGCAGAACUUGAGCAUCCAUACCAAGACCAGCAGCUACUCAGGUGGGCUGAGCUCGACGACCUUCGGGGGCCUUACAAGCCCUGGCCUCAGCUAUGGCCUGAGCUCCUUCCAGUCCAGCUUCAGCUCUGGCGGGAGCUCCGGCCCCAUCAAGCUCAUCAGCCCCCCCUCGGCCAUCGUGGUGAAGAAGAUCGAGACCCGCGAUGGGAAGCUGGUGUCUGAGUCAUCUGAUAUCCUGCCCAAGUGAACCACCCCUGCCAUCCCUCCCAGCCUCCCCACUCCCCUGGCUGCCCCGGAGGCUCUGGGGCAGGGAGCUGUGCAGGGGAGCGUUGGAACAGGAGGCCCACCAGAGGCUCAGCCCCAGUCCUCAGCCCACCCUUGGGGGGAAUCUACUGCUCGGGGUACCCCCUUUUCCAUGCCCCCACUAAAGGCCAAUUCAAGUGUCUUUUCCAAAAUAAAGCCUUUGCUGGCUCUGUCAACCCUC